AAAAAUAGAAUUUUUUUUUUUACCAGAGAGAAAGAGAAGACUGAAUGAGAUAUCCCGCCUACUCCUAAAUCUCGUUCGUUAUCACGAGUUUUCAAAUUUGAGUCUGUUGGUCACUCACUCUCUCACGAGUUUUCUUCUUCCACCAACCAACCGCCAUUACCUAUCAUAUCUUCUCAUCACGCCCCAAUUUCAAAUCCACCAUCUCCACCACCAAACCCUAAAUCUUCAAUGUCUUCACCAGAUUCCACCGUCCCUCUCUCUACUAAAGAGAACAACACUCCCAUUUCCUCAAAAAUCGCGGAACUUAACGAAUCCAGAUCGGAGCUUCUAGGUAGAAUUCAGAGUUUAAAACAGGAUUUGCAAGGUUGGAGAUCUAAGUUAGACACACAAGUGAAGGGUUAUCGGGAUGAAUUGACAGUCCUUAAGAAAACACUUAAUGUCGAAGUGGAGCUACUUAGAACAGAAUUUCAAGAUCUAAGGACAACUCUUCAGCAGCAACAAGAAGAUGUUACUACUAGCUUAAGAAACUUGGGGCUUCAGGAUGCCUCAGGAGAUGUAAAAGAAGCUCAAUCUCAAGAAACUAUGAUUGAAGAAGUUCUGAAGGAAGAGCAGCCUGUGUUACCUGAGGAGGAGAAUACCAAAGUAGUUGAAAAUUAAAUAAGCUUUCUUUGGGUAUUUUCUACUAGCAAUGUAUACCCUAAGAAGAGCUGAAUGACUUUAUCUAUGUAUGUGUUUGUAUUAGUAGUUUUAUGUUCUGUUUGAUGAGUAAUGUUGAGUACAAUACAUGACUCAACUAAAUCAAUGAUAGAUUGAUUUCGUA